CAGGGCCAGUGCGAGUGUUUUUAAAGCUAAUACGGACUAACUUUCCGUCAAGUCCGUCAAGAUUCGGGUCAAAAACAGAGAGCCCGUUGCCGUCUAUCAGAUGGAGCACCCAGAAGUGGAAGACGACGGUCAUUUGUGCGGGAGGAACGAGGGUGUAGUGUCGGGCAUGGAGCAGCACCAGCAGGACGAGGAGGAGGAGGAGAUGAUGAUGAUGGAUGGAGGAGGAGGAGGUGGUGGUGGUGGAGGGCUGGUGACGGGGGAGUGUCGAGACAUCCCACUCAAGCCGGACAUGACGGUCGUGUCCGAGGGUGAGGACAUCUUGGCCAAGUUAAGGGAGCAAGUGUCCGCCACCACCCUGUUAGCCCACAAGAGAGACUGUGACACCACACUCUCCACCCCUCUCCCACCCUCCUACUCUCCCACACACCACAACAACAAUAACAACAAUGUGCACAGCCUCUACGACCGCCUCCACUCCCUCCUGCAGGCCAAGAAGAAGACUGAGGAGGAGGUGGAGGGGGACGAGGACUCGCGCGACCUGGUGCUCCGGGCGGAGGCGUUACAGAGACAGCGGGAGUCACUAUUGUCGUCACCACAGGCACUCAUGAACGCCAUGAGGGGCGGCGGGCCACCCUCGCUGGUGCCGCCCGGGCCACACUUGCCCUUUAUCCCCAGUACGGUCGGCCUGCCGCCCACCUCCCAGAUGCCACCCACACCCGGGUCGGCAGGAUCAAGAGACUCAUCUGGCAACGGUACCCGCACGCCCUCCCACACGCCCGAGCCUCACCAGAGUCAGCAGUCCUGGAGCUUUGAGGAGCAGUUCAAACAGGUACGAGAACCAGCCAAGCACUCGUCCUUUGAAGAAGACAAACGAAAGGUAGGAGAGGAUGAGAGGUUUAUUUCAUGGUAG